CCAAACCAAUAAUGGCGCGAAGUGGAUUUGGGCAGAUUUUGGUUGUACUGUACUUAGUUCACGCCUUUCACUUAAAUGUUGCUCAGAUAAUUUUUGGUGACGAGGAAAACCAAAUGUUCCUGUUUGGUCGCCUCCCGUUUCGUGUGAAUGAAAGCACCAUUUUCGACCAGCGCGAAUUCCGGCAAAUACCUCUUGGGUCGGAAGGAUCUACCAUAACAUCUCUCGAUUACAAUCCCGUCGACCAGAUGGUGUACUGGGGUUCGCAGACGAGAAUCAUGCGUAUAUCUACUAUCGAAAUGGAAAUGCCGCCGAAACCAGUUACUGUUCAACAGCUGCCUAGCAGUAAGAGAAAGUGUAUUGAUCAUUAUACCUUAAAAUUGUACUAUUUUGCUGUGGUCCUAUACACCAAGGCCAAGAUGCAAAACCAUUAUUAUAUCUCUGAUCAUCUGAAUCAGGUGAAAAUGUGUGAAUAA